GCAGCUUGUUGCAUCGUAGACAUCGACAAAAUGCCUUAUUUUACAAGACUCAUUUUGUUCUUGUUUUGCCUGAUGGCUCUUGUGGAAAGCAGAAAGCCCAGGAGGAGGAGAUGGACAAGGCAGCUGGAAAUGCCCAGGCCAAGUCACUUGUAUAAGAAGAACCUAGAUGUAACCAAAAUGCGAAAAGGGAAACCUCAGCCGCUUCUCAGAGUGGAUGACCAUGAUUUCACCAUGAGACCUGCCUUUGGAGGCCCUGCUAUCCCAGUGGGUGUGGAUGUGCAGGUGGAGAGCCUGGAUAGCAUCUCUGAGGUGGACAUGGACUUCACCAUGACCCUGUACCUGCGGCAUUACUGGAAGGAUGAGAGGCUGGCUUUCCCCAGCACCAGCAAUAAGAGCAUGACCUUCGACGGCCGGCUGGUGAAGAAGAUCUGGGUCCCUGAUAUCUUCUUUGUUCACUCCAAAAGGUCAUUCACCCAUGAUACUACCACUGACAAUAUCAUGUUAAGGGUGUUCCCAGAUGGUCACGUGCUGUACAGCAUGAGACACUUACUGGCCUUGGGUAGAGGGUAUGAAUCCUGCCAAGUAUCUCAUGAUGCAUACACAGAUGAAGACCUGAUGCUGUAUUGGAAGAAUGGAGAUGAAUCGCUGAAAACAGACGAGAAGAUCUCCCUGUCUCAGUUUCUGAUUCAGAAGUUUCAUACUACUUCCAGACUGGCCUUCUACAGCAGUACCGGCUGGUAUAAUCGUCUGUACAUUAACUUCACGUUGCGUCGCCACAUCUUCUUCUUCUUGCUCCAAACUUAUUUCCCUGCCACCCUGAUGGUCAUGCUAUCCUGGGUAUCCUUCUGGAUCGACCACAGAGCUGUGCCUGCCAGAGUUUCACUGGGUAUUACCACAGUGUUGACUAUGUCUACUAUUAUCACGGGUGUGAAUGCCUCCAUGCCCCGUGUCUCCUACAUCAAGGCUGUGGAUAUCUAUCUCUGGGUCAGCUUUGUGUUCGUGUUCCUCUCGGUGCUGGAGUAUGCGGCCGUCAACUACCUGACCACAGUGCAGGAGUGGAAAGAGCGAAAGCUGCGGGAUAAGUUACCAUGCUUGUGUGGAAUGCUUCAAUCAAGAACCAUGAUGCUGGAUGGAAGCUACACUGAGUCUGAGGCCAAUAGCUUGGCCGGGUACCCAAGAAGCCAUAUUCUGACAGAAGAAGAAAGGCAAGACAAAAUAGUGGUCCACCUGGCCCUGAGCAAUGAAUCCAGCUCCUCCAGGAAGAAGGGGCUUCUGAAGGUCCAAAUGGGUCUUCGCAUCUUCCAGAACACUCACGCCAUCGAUAAAUACUCCAGGUUGAUAUUCCCUGCCUCCUACAUAUUUUUCAACUUAAUUUAUUGGUCAGUGUUUUCCUAA